AUGGAGGUGCCCUCCGCUUCUGAACCCGCUCCUGCCCAUCACGCUCCACCUCCUUCCAGUCCUAUGAUCUCCUCUUCCAGUACCACCAACGCCACCACUUCCAACUUCCUCUUCUCACCGAUGGCCGCUCCCUAUCCUGGUUACUACUGUGUGGGCGGCGCGUAUGGCGAUGGCACCAGUACUGCCGGCGUCUACUACCCCCAUUUGCCUGCCAUGCCCAUCAAGUCCGACGGCACCCUCUGCAACAUGGAAGGUCUCUGCUGGCCUUAUCCCUCUCUCACACACAAUCGUAUUCUCUCCACCUCUAACGUUAUGGUCUUCUUGUCUUGGCAUGAAGUAGGCAUGAUGCCGUCGUCCCCACCGAAGCUAGAGGACUUCUUGGGUGGUGGCAAUGUCGGUGGGCAAGAGGCGGCCACCUACUACAGCCACCAGCAGGGCCAGGAAGAGGGGGCGAGCAGGGAUUACCGCCAGUACCAGCACCACCAGCUCGUCCCCUACAAUUUUCAGCCUCUGCCGGAAGCAGAGAUGCUCCAAGAAGACGCGGCGCCAAUGGAGGAGGCGAUGGCGGCGGCCAAGAACUUCCUCCUAACGAGCUACGGCGCUUGCUACAGCAACGGGGAGAUGCACCCUCUGAGCCUGUCGAUGACGAGCCCCGGGUCCCAGUCGAGCAGCUGCGUCAUUGCGGCUCCGCAGCAGCAGCACCAGAUGCCCGCUGUAGCCACUGCUGCCGCUGCCCUGGGGCGCAGUAAUGGCGAUGGUGAGCAGUGCGUCGGGAGGAAGAGAGGCACUGGGAAGGGAGGCCACAAGCAGACGGUGCACCGCAAGUCCAUCGAUACGUUUGGGCAGAGAACCUCCCGGUAUAGAGGCGUCACCAGGCACAGGUGGACUGGGAGAUAUGAAGCCCACCUCUGGGACAACAGCUGCAGAAAGGCUGGGCAGACUAGGAAAGGCAGACAAGGUGGCUACGACACUGAAGACAAGGCCACGAGGGCUUAUGAUCUGGCUGCUCUGAAAUAUUGGGGUCCAGCUACUCACAUCAAUUUCCCCGUAGAAAACUAUCGAGAUGAACUUGAGGAGAUGAAAGGCAUGACAAGGCAAGAAUAUGUUGCGCAUUUGAGAAGGAGAAGCAGUGGAUUUUCUCGAGGCGCUUCCAUCUACCGAGGAGUGACAAGGCAUCACCAGCAAGGAAGAUGGCAGUCUCGGAUUGGACGGGUUGCUGGAAACAAGGAUCUAUACCUCGGCACUUUCACCACUCAAGAAGCAGCAGCUGAGGCGUACGACAUAGCUGCCAUCAAGUUCCGUGGCUUGAACGCGGUGACAAACUUUAACAUAACAAGAUACGACGUCGACAAGAUCAUGGAGAGCAGCACGCUGCUGCCCGCGGAGGAAGCACGCAAGGUCAAGGUGAUCGAGGCAGCGAACAAUGCUCCUAUGAUGCACAACGGUGGCAGGGAGCUCAACCCAGCCGAGGAGACAGGCGCUGGCUGGAGGAUGGUGCUCCAUGGUUCUCCCCAGGAAGCUGUGCAUUGCCCAGAAGCAGUUGAUCUCCAGAGGGGCGUCAUGAGCGAGUCUCACCCCUCCCUGCAUGGCAUCGUUGGACUUGACAUCGACUGCGCAGUGCAUGAUCAUCACCGCCUCGACGUUCCUGGCAAGACGACUGGGAGCAUCAACUUCUCCAGCUCGUCCUCGCAGGUGACAAGCCUGGGAAACUCCAGGGAGGGGAGCCCCGAGAGGCUGGGCCUGGCCAUGCUCUACGGCAAGCAGGCGAGCGCAGUAAGCCUGGCCACCAUGAGCCCCUGGAUGCCGAUGGCGGCAGAAACAGUGGCCCAGGUGCUGAAGCAGCCGAACGUCGUCUCUCAUCUACCUGUCUUUGCCGCUUGGGCGGAUGCCUAG